GUCGGACCACGUGCUGAUGUGAUAAUGCGCAAUUGAUAGCAAACCAGGAAACAGGAGUGUCUUGUUUUUCCCCUUAAAACUAUCGCUCAGAGUUAACUGAAAAUGCCUGGAAAACCGGAAGAAAAGGCGGAAAAACAGGCCGAGACACCUGAGAAGGAACCAGAACAACCGAACGGUGAAGUGAACGGCGACCAAGACCAGGAGCAAGUACGAGAACUCACGCAGACAGAUCGCCUCAACAGGAGGUUGUUGUCUUCGCUGCUGGAGCGGAUGAACUCGAACGACGACCUGAUGCAGCGUUUUUCGUCGACCAACAACAACCAACCGCAGUCCCCGGACCAGUCAGCCGACGAUUUUGCGACGUGA